AUGAUUUCGUCUUAAAAUUUUGAAAGCGACCCUUAUACUCUAAUCAGUACUAAAAGAUAAAUAUUUGGUUCUGAAAAUGAAUCGAAUUUACAUAAGAUAAAUAAACAGCAAUCCCUAGCCGAUUAAGGUGAUAAUUUAAGCCAAGAAAAGUAAUUAAUUUCAUUGUAUGAAAACAGCAGAAAUAUAAACUUUAUUGAGUUGAUUUAAUCUAGAAGUUCUAUGAUUCCAACCGUUAAAGUACUAUCUCCUAGGAAUGACUAGAUUUUGUAAAACGAAGAUGGGUUUUAUAUGUAAUCCAGCAUGCAUUUCAAUGAAAGUUUGAAUAAAACUUGGAAGAAGGGAGGAUUGAAAAUUAUAAAAUAUGUUGCUAGAUUCAUAUAUUAACUCAAAACUAAAGCAGAUAAACUAAAGAUUAAGUUGAUGAAUUAAGAGAUAUUCCUUAAAUUGGGCGAUAAAAGCGGUGAUUUUGAAAAUUUCAAAUAAGGCAAUCAAAAAUACAUAUUAAAUGGUUUAAUAUGUCAAAUAUUUAAUAAGAUAAUUUUCUAAACUCUUUCAUUCUGGAAUUUUAUCAGCCAAUAUUUAAAUAAAAUAGGGAUAAUAUAUCCUGAAAGUACAUUUAAGAUUUUUUGGGACACAGUAGUAGUGUGUUUCAUCGUUAUCAAUAUAUUUUAUAUUCCGAUGAGUCUAAGUUUUGAACUGGAUAAAUCAAGCCAAAUUUCAACCCUAUUAUUCGAAACCAUUCCAAGUUAUAUAUUUAUUGUUGAAAUUCUUCUCAACUUUAACACUGCCUUUUACAGUCAAGGAAUCAUUCACACCAAUCGUAGCGAUAUAUUUUUUCAUUACAUUUCAAACAACUUUAUUUGGGAUCUGCUAAUAGCAAUACCCUUUAUUUUGGCCUAAUUUAACAUCCCUUACAUUCAAUUUAUAUUGCUAUUGCGUAUAGCAAGAGUGAGAUCAAUGAUACAGAAUGUAGAAGAUUUGUUGAAUGCUAAAGAAGAAGUUCAGGCAGUGAUCGAAUUAGGAAAACUAGUAUAUUUUUUGGUUUUAGUCGCUCACAUGUGUAGUUGUGGCUGGCACCUAUUGGGAAGAAUCGAAUAUGAAGUGUAUCAAGAUGAAAACAGUUGGCUCAUUUAUUACGGCCAUUAUCAUCAGGAAUGGUAUGAUAGAUACAUAGUAUCCUUAUAUUGGAGCGUUAUAACAACUUUGACUGUUGGUUAUGGAGAUAUUGUACCUUAAACUUCGAUUGAAAGACUUUAUGUAGUUGUGGUGGCUAUGGUGUUGUGUGGUGUUUUCGGUUAUAUCAUUUCCAUGAUUGGAGAAAUCUUAAAAACUUUAGGGGAGAAAAAGGCUUUAUUGAAAAAAUCGAUGAAAAAAGUCAAUCAAUAUAUUAAGUAGAAGCAAUUAAAUUUAUAACUGUCCUUGAAGGUUAGAAAAUACUUUGAGUUUAAACAUCAAAUAGAUGAAUAAUUGCAAGAGUAAGACGACUCUGUUUUAAAUAAAUUGAGUGGGUCGCUAAAAUAAGAAGUAUUAAUUGACAUUUAUAAACCAAUUUUAAUGAAAUCUAAAUUCUUAAAGGAGAAUGUUCCAGAAAACCUCAUUAAUAAUUUAUGUCAAAGAAUCAAAUAGGCUACUUUUGCUCCUGGCUAUGAAAUCGUUAAUGUCUAUGAUCCAGCUAAUAAAUUAAUAUUUAUUUUGGAUGGCCAAGUUAACAGUUACUUCAUUUCUAAAGGAUUUGAUGCUCUCUAAAAGAAUGAGAAAGAGGUCAACUCUGCUAUGAUGCAAAGAAAUUAUUAAAGAGGAGAUAUCAUAGGAGAAUUAGAGUUUAUUAUUAAUUCGUCUUAUCAAUUUUAUUUCAAAUCCCAGACCUUUUUAUCUAUUGUUUACAUUGAAAGAAAUGAUUUUUUACAAGUUAUUUCUGAAGAUGAAGAUUGUCGCUAAUUGUUCCAUUAAUUAAGGGAAAAGUUAACAUACUAAAAAACAUAUGGCAGAACUUGUGAUGUGUGCAAAUGGACUCAUAGAUAUAAGGAUUGUCCUUUUGUAUUUUAUCAAACCAAUAUUUAUAAAAUAGCUAGAAAUGCAAAUGCGAGUCAAAAUCAACAAAGACUUAAGUAUGAUAGAUUAAGAUAAGUUAAAAGAAAAUCCAAUUUGUCUGAUCAUCAGAAUAUCUUAAAUUAAGGCAUUGAUUUUAUUAUUAAUUUUGGAUACUUAAAUGAAGACUAAUUAAAUGAAUCAUAUCUCGUUUAACUAGGUUUUGAUAUUUAGGAAGUAUUUCAUGAAAAAUCCAACUAAUCUUAGGAUAGCUAGUCUUAAGAUUCUCACUAACCAGAUACUCAUUCUAUUGCCCCAAAAAAAGUGUCUUCUUAAUUUGAGAAAAUGAGAACAAGUUUUAUGAAUCAGAAGCUUAAAACUGGGUUAGGCUAAAAUGUUAAUAUUUUGAGAAAUUAAAAUUAAGAUGAUGAUUCAAAUGGAACAUUACAGAACCCUUAUGUUUCAUAUUAACGUAAUACUGAAAAUGAAUUUGAUCCUCGAGAUUAUUCUUAGUCUAAUGCAACUUUCAAUUAAUACAAUCUCACCAACAAUACAAUAAAAUAAGGAUCAAGUCCUUACACUCAAAAUAAUUUAAGAACUUCGGUAGUAAGAACAGAUACCAAUAUGCCUCUAAAGGGUAACCAUUAAUAAUAGCAUAACCAUCCUUCUGUGAAAAUUGCAAAUGGCAAUUAUUAUGUAGAGAAUGAGAAUGAUAAAAAUCAAUUCUAAGGAUAAUUGUAAACAAAUGGAACUAUAUUGUAUGCCCCAGAAAUCGACAUUGAUAAAAUGAAAAACUAUGAGUUAUACUUUCCAAAAUUUAAUGUAAUUGCUGUUUUAGAAGAUUUGAAGAAACAUUGUCACAAUCAAUUUAAUGAAAACAAAAGGAGAAAUAUUAAGGAAAAACUUAGGUCAAUCAGAUUGAACAAAUCUAUCAACAAGUGCUGUAAUUCUUCAUUCAAAAAUAUGGAUGAAAGUAUCUGA